GGCCCGCGGCCGGCGGCGGCCCGAGCGCGCGGCGGGAGCUCGGAGUGCGCGGCUGUCGCUGAGACUCGCUCGAGGGUUCGAGCGCCGGCCCCGCAGCCCGACGAAACUUUGCGCUCUCGGGCGGAGGGCGCCCGGCGCGGCGCAGCGCCACGCCACUCCGGAGAUGCGCCAGGGCGCGCAGCGGCGGCCGAGGGGGCGGCGGUGCGGACUUGCAGCCGGGAAGGGCCGGCGCGCCGGACAGUAGCCUGCAUCGUCACCCUGCUGACCAUGAAUGGGAUGGCCAAUGUGAAUUCUGCCGGCCGCCUCCAGUAUGCCUCCUCUAUUCCUGUACCCCGGGCUGCUUCUCAGUCUCGGAGUCGAACACCUGCUGCUUCUCCUCAGCUGCGGCCACGCCAGGCUGGCCUGGCCCUCAGCCCCCAGCGAGCUGCCUCUCCAAGACUGGGCAGGGCUGCAGGCCCUCCCAGAACCUCAUCUCCAAAGGCCUCCCUGGGGAGAGGUUCACCCAAUGCUGCCCGGGCAGUGAAGGAAUCGGCUGAGGGUAGUGAAGGUCUCCCCAGCUCCCCAUGGAGCAGCCCCCGGGUGACACCAAAAGCGGCCCUGUCCAGUCGGGCCGGGGCCAGAAGAAUCGGGGAGCCCACCGGCACCCAUGGGAAGAAGAAGAAGGCCCAGGAAGGGACCUCAGGAUGCCAGACUCGUGGCAGGAGCCCGUCCCGAACAAGCUGUCAUACAGAAACUCAAAUACUAGGCAUUCCCGAGGAUCAAAAGUCCCCCAGCUGGCCAGGACAAGACUAUGGAGACAUAAACUACACGGCUUCUGGGAUGCUCAGGCCUUUGGAACCUGAGGAUGACGUGACUUCAGGGGCUUCCUCGCCUGUGUGCAGCCCAGUGCGGGGCACACGCCCCUCCCCCAUGCUGGGGGCCAUUAGCUUCUCCUCCGUCCAUCAGCAGAGUCAGCCAGUCACAGCCACUGUGGCUCCCUUUCAGUACAGGCUCCAGAAAGACCAGGAGCCUGGCCCUGCUCCCCAGGGCCCCUGGAAGCUCGAUGGCUCCUGUGCACCCCUCAGCAGGCCUGAGGAGAGCUUCUCCUGCAUGGACGCGAGGAUCGUCCAUGCGCUCCUCGCGGGCAGAAUGCUGGGCAGCGGCGUCAAGAGCGCGCAGCCCGAGGUGGAGCUGAGCAGCGGCAGCGGCGGCGACGAGGGUGCGGACGAGGCGCGGGGCGCUGGCAGGAAGGCGGCCACGGGAGACGGCAGAGGCAUGCUGCCCAAGCGCGCCAAGGCGCCCGGAGGCGGCGGCGGCAUGGCCAAGGCGAGCGCGGCCGAGCUGAAGGUCUUCAAGUCCGGCAGUGUGGACAGCCGUGUCCCCGGCGGGCCGCCGGCCUCCAACCUGCGAAAGCAGAAGUCGCUCACCAACCUCUCCUUCCUCACCGACUCCGAGAAGAAGCUGCAGCUCUGUGAACCUGAAUGGAGCGACGACAUGGCCAAGGCACCCAAGGGCUUGGGCAAGCUGGGCUCCAAGGGCCGCGACGGCCCGCUGAUGUCCAAGACGCUGUCCAAGUCAGAACACUCGCUCUUCCAGGCCAAGGGCACCCCAGCGGGCGGCACCAAGACCCCGUUGGCUCCUCUGGCGCCCAGCCUGGGAAAGCCAAGCCGGAUUCCUCGUGGACCCUAUGCCGAGGUCAAGCCGCUCAGCAAGGCGCCGGAGGCGGCUGUGAGCGAUGAUGGAAAGUCGGACGACGAGCUGCUGUCCAGCAAGGCCAAGGCGCAGAAGAGCUCCGGAUCCGUGCCCUCUGCCAAGGGCCAGGAGGAGCGUGCCUUCCUCAAGGUGGACCCCGAGCUCGUGGUGACGGUGCUGGGCGACCUGGAGCAGUUGCUCUUCAGCCAGAUGCUGGACCCUGAGUCCCAGAGAAAGAGGACAGUGCAGAACGUGCUGGACCUUCGACAGAACCUGGAAGAGACCAUGUCCAGCCUGCGAGGUUCCCAAGUGACUCACAGCUCUCUGGAGAUGACCUGCUACGACAGUGAUGACGCCAACCCCCGCAGUGUGUCCAGUCUCUCCAACCGCUCCUCACCUCUGUCCUGGCGCUACGGCCAGUCUAGCCCGCGGCUGCAGGCCGGUGAUGCACCCUCGGUGGGUGGGAGCUCCCGCUCCGAGGGGCCGCCUGCCUGGUACAUGCACGGGGAGCGGGCACACUACUCCCACACCAUGCCCAUGCGUAGCCCCAGCAAGCUCAGCCACAUCUCCCGCCUGGAACUGGUUGAGUCCCUCGACUCGGAUGAGGUGGACCUCAAGUCUGGCUACAUGAGUGACAGUGACCUCAUCGGCAAGACCAUGACAGAGGAUGACGACAUCACCACCGGCUGGGAUGAGAGCAGCUCCAUCAGCAGUGGACUCAGCGAUGCCUCGGACAACCUCAGCUCAGAAGAGUUCAACGCCAGCUCCUCGCUCAACUCCCUCCCGACCACUCCCACUGCUUCUCGCAGGAACUCCACAGUAGUGCUGCGCACAGAUUCUGAGAAGCGCUCACUGGCUGAAAGCGGGUUGAGCUGGUUUAGUGAGUCAGAGGAGAAGGCCCCCAAAAAGCUUGAGUACGACAGUGGCAGCCUGAAGAUGGAACCUGGGACUUCCAAGUGGCGGAGAGAUCGGCCCGAGAGCUGUGACGAUUCCUCCAAGGGCGGGGAGCUGAAGAAGCCCGUCAGCCUGGGCCACCCUGGCUCCCUGAAAAAGGGCAAGACUCCCCCUGUGGCUGUCACCUCCCCCAUCACCCAUACGGCCCAGAGUGCCCUCAAAGUCGCAGGCAAGCCUGAAGGCAAGGCCACAGACAAGGGCAAACUCGCCGUGAAAAACACCGGGCUGCAGCGUUCCUCCUCGGAUGCUGGCCGGGACCGCCUGAGUGAGGCCAAGAAGCCACCAUCGGGCAUCGCACGGCCCUCCACUUCAGGCUCCUUUGGCUAUAAGAAGCCACCCCCUGCCACCGGCACCGCCACCGUCAUGCAGACUGGUGGCUCAGCCACUCUCAGCAAGAUCCAGAAGUCCUCGGGCAUUCCCGUGAAGCCUGUUAAUGGGCGCAAGACUAGCCUGGAUGUGUCCAACAGUACAGAGCCUGGCUUCCUCGCUCCUGGAGCCCGCUCCAACAUCCAGUAUCGGAGCCUGCCCCGGCCAGCCAAGUCUAGCUCCAUGAGUGUAACCGGUGGGAGGGGUGGCCCACGCCCUGUCAGCAGCAGCAUUGACCCCAGUCUCCUGAGCACCAAGCAGGGAGGGCUCACACCCUCCAGACUGAAGGAGCCUUCCAAGGUAGCCGGUGGACGGGCCACUCCGGCACCGGUCAACCAGACAGAUAGGGAGAAGGAGAAGGCCAAGGCCAAAGCAGUGGCCUUGGACGCAGAUAACAUCUCCUUGAAGAGCAUUGGCUCCCCGGAAAGUACUCCCAAGAACCAAGCAAGCCACCCACCGGCCACCAAGCUGGCCGAGCUGCCCCCAACCCCUCUCAGGACCACAGCCAAGAGCUUUGUCAAGCCACCCUCACUCGCCAACCUGGACAAGGUCAACUCCAACAGCCUGGACCUCACCCCGUCCAGCGACAACCACGCACCCAAAGUCUCAGAUCUCCACACCACAAGCUCCACCUCAGGCGGUGCUCUCUCUUCCUGCUUCACCCCCAGUCCAGCCCCCAUCCUUAAUAUUAACUCUGCCAGCUUCUCCCAGGGCCUGGAGCUAAUGAGUGGGUUCAGUGUCCCGAAGGAAAGCCGUAUGUACUCCAAACUCUCAGGCCUGCACAGGAGCAUGGAGUCCCUCCAGAUGCCAAUGAGCCUGCCCAGUGCCUUCCCUAGCAGCUCACCCGUCCCCACACCCCCUGCUCCAGCUGCUGCUCCUGCAGAGGAAGAGGCUGAAGAACUGAGCUGGAGCGGAAGUCCCAGGGCCGGGCAGCUGGACAGUAACCAGCGGGAUCGGAACACUCUUCCCAAGAAAGGGUUCAGGUACCAGCUGCAGUCCCAGGAAGAUCCCAAAGAGCGGCGGCAUUCCCACACCAUCGGUGGCCUGCCCGAGUCCGACGACCAGGCCGAGCUGCCUUCCCCCCCAGCACUGUCCAUGUCCUUGAGUGCCAAGGGCCAGCUCACCAACGUAGUGAGUCCCACUGCGGCCACCACGCCAAGAAUCACCCGCUCCAACAGCAUCCCCACCCACGAGGCGGCCUUCGAGCUGUACAGCGGCUCCCAAAUGGGGAGCACCCUGUCCCUGGCCGAGAGAUCCAAAGGGAUGAUUCGGUCAGGAUCCUUCCGAGACCCCACGGAUGAUGUGCACGGCUCUGUGCUGUCCCUGGCCUCCAGCGCCUCCUCCACGUACUCCUCAGCUGAGGAAAGGAUGCAGUCCGAGCAAAUCCGGAAGCUCCGUAGGGAACUGGAGUCAUCCCAGGAAAAAGUGGCCACCUUGACAUCUCAGCUUUCCGCCAACGCUAACCUCGUGGCUGCUUUUGAGCAAAGCCUGGUGAACAUGACGUCCCGCCUGCGGCACCUGGCAGAGACGGCCGAAGAGAAGGACACGGAGCUGCUGGAUCUGCGGGAAACCAUCGAUUUUCUCAAGAAGAAGAACUCAGAAGCCCAGGCUGUUAUUCAGGGAGCCCUCAAUGCCUCGGAGGCCACGCCCAAAGAACUUCGGAUCAAGAGACAGAACUCCUCGGACAGCAUUUCAAGCCUCAACAGCAUCACUAGCCAUUCUAGCAUUGGCAGUGGCAAGGAUGCUGAUGCCAAAAAGAAGAAGAAGAAGAGCUGGGUCUAUGAGCUCCGAAGUUCCUUCAACAAAGCCUUCAGUAUUAAAAAAGGCCCCAAGUCCGCCUCCUCGUACUCCGAUAUUGAGGAGAUUGCCACACCCGACUCCUCUGCCCCCUCAUCCCCCAAGCUCCAGCACGGUUCCACGGAGACUGCCUCUCCCUCCAUCAAGUCCUCCAACUCCUCCUCUGUGGGCACUGAUGUCCCCGAGGCUCCUGCCCAGUCAGCUCCCCAUGCUGCCAGACUAUUCCACAGCAAUGAAGAAGAGGAGCCAGAGAAAAAGGAAGUCUCGGAGCUGCGCUCGGAGCUGUGGGAGAAGGAGAUGAAGCUCACAGACAUCCGCCUGGAGGCCCUCAACUCCGCCCACCAACUGGACCAGCUUCGGGAAACCAUGCACAACAUGCAGUUGGAGGUGGACCUGCUGAAGGCGGAGAAUGAUCGGCUGAAGGUAGCCCCCGGCCCCUCCUCUGGUUCUACCCCAGGGCAGGUCCCUGGAUCGUCUGCUCUCUCAUCACCUCGCCGCUCACUUGGCCUUGCACUCACCCAUUCCAUCAGCCCAAGUGUCACGGAUACAGAACUGUCACCCAUGGAUGGCAUCAGCACUUGUGGUCCCAAGGAGGAAGUGACCCUACGGGUUGUGGUCCGGAUGCCCCCACAGCACAUCAUCAAAGGGGACCUGAAGCAGCAGGAAUUCUUCCUGGGCUGCAGCAAGGUCAGCGGAAAAGUUGACUGGAAGAUGCUGGAUGAAGCAGUUUUUCAAGUGUUCAAGGACUAUAUUGCUAAAAUGGACCCAGCCUCGACCCUGGGACUAAGCACUGAGUCCAUCCAUGGCUACAGCAUCAGCCAUGUGAAGCGCGUGCUGGAUGCUGAGCCCCCUGAGAUGCCUCCUUGCCGCCGUGGGGUCAACAACAUAUCUGUGUCACUCAAAGGUCUGAAGGAGAAGUGUGUGGACAGCCUGGCCUUUGAGACGCUCAUCCCCAAGCCCAUGAUGCAGCAUUACAUCGGCCUUUUGCUCAAGCACCGGCGCCUUGUCCUCUCGGGCCCCAGCGGCACGGGCAAGACCUACCUGACCAACCGACUGGCCGAGUACCUGGUAGAGCGCUCUGGCCGUGAGGUCACCGAGGGCAUCGUCAGCACCUUCAACAUGCACCAGCAGUCCUGCAAGGAUCUGCAGUUGUAUCUCUCCAACCUGGCCAACCAGAUAGACCGGGACACAGGCAUCGGGGAUGUGCCCUUGGUGAUCCUCUUGGAUGACCUGAGCGAAGCAGGCUCCAUCAGUGAGCUAGUCAACGGGGCCCUCACCUGCAAGUACCACAAAUGCCCCUAUAUCAUAGGUACCACUAAUCAGCCUGUCAAAAUGACACCCAACCAUGGUUUGCACUUGAGCUUCAGGAUGCUGACCUUCUCCAACAACGUGGAGCCGGCAAAUGGCUUCCUGGUCCGAUACCUGAGAAGGAAGCUGGUGGAGUCGGACAGUGACAUCAACGCUAACAAAGAGGAGCUGCUGCGGGUGCUGGACUGGGUACCCAAGCUCUGGUACCACCUACACACUUUCCUGGAGAAGCACAGCACCUCCGACUUUCUCAUCGGCCCGUGCUUCUUUCUGUCCUGUCCCAUCGGCAUUGAGGACUUCCGGACCUGGUUCAUUGACCUGUGGAACAACUCCAUCAUUCCUUAUCUCCAGGAAGGGGCCAAGGAUGGGAUCAAGGUGCAUGGACAGAAAGCUGCUUGGGAGGACCCAGUGGAAUGGGUCCGGGACACUCUUCCUUGGCCAUCGGCACAACAAGACCAGUCAAAGCUGUACCACCUGCCCCCACCCACCGUCGGCCCUCAUAGCAUCGCAUCCCCUCCUGAGGACAGGACAGUCAAGGACAGCACCCCAAGCUCUCUGGACUCAGAUCCCCUGAUGGCCAUGCUGCUGAAACUUCAAGAAGCUGCCAACUACAUUGAGUCUCCGGACCGAGAGACCAUCCUGGACCCCAACUUGCAGGCCACACUCUGAGGGUGCAGGGCUCCCUGUCAUCCCAGACAGCAGAAGACUGGCGUCAGCUGCAGCAGCUCCUCCUCUCCCCGCUCUUCUCCAGCACCUGCUCCUGCCCCAGGAGGAGACAAGGAGGGAGGAGGGGAUGGGUGGAAAGGGCAGGUUCUUGGUGCUACACCUUUGAGAACUUCCUAGUAAGGACUGGUGGGGUAGCAUUGGGAACUUGUGUCCCAUAAUUCCACUUCCUUGAUGUCCUCUCAUGACUUUGGGGGAAAGAUGAUUCUGGGUCUUUUCCUUAAUUUCUUGUUUCAAACUCCUAGGCUUCCAGGGGAGGGAUUCCGAAGUCAUGACAAAAAAAAAAAAAAAAGACUGUGCAGCAGAUCCUGAUGCUCACGGAGGAGUUAGGCAUGGGGGAAGCUGAGGGAGGCAGCAAGUUUCCCAGACUUUCUCACAUCCCCUCCCAAUCUGUCUCCGCUGCCAACAACUCUUCCCGGAGAUCUGGCUAGAGCCCAGAAAAUCAAGCAUGUAGUUUAAAAAACGUUGCAAUCAGUCUGUAAAAGGUUUUAAAUACACACACACACACACAUACACACACAAUGGAAAAGAUGAAGCUGGAGAAAGGGGGACCAGUUGCCUGGGUAGAAAGGGAGCCACCCCCCUGCCCUUACCACUGUCUUCUGAUUAACAUGGGCAGUUUGACGUGCUGGCUGCCAGUCUGAGUCACCAGACCACAACAAUAACAUCACAGCCUUCGGGGGAAGACAGAUAGCUCUGUCUUUCCGCCCUCUAAUUUAACACUCAUGAGAGUCAAUAAACCCUACUCUUUAUUUUUUAUUUCUGCUUUUUAAUUUUAUUUCUGUUACCUCACCCUACCCUGCUCACAUUUGCCUACUUAUUUUCAUUUUCCUUUCCUUUCUUUCAUUUCUUCCAUUUCCUCACAGGUCCACAAUGUGCUGAGCUGCUUUUCCAGGGGCUGGCCAGGCUUUUACUAGGGAAUUCCUUUGGAGAGUCCUGUGCCACCUAGGGACACCAGCUAGACAUCUGCCAUCCUAUUGCCUUUGGCAGCCACAGGGCUUCUGUGAGACUCGAAACCCUGGUUCAGAAGCAGGGGGGAGAAGAGGAACUCCCUUACCUUAACCUCUUUUGAAAAAGCACAUGGUCUUCCUGGGAGCCCAGCCCGCCAGCCCGCCAGCCCCUGGGGAGAGAGGGGAGAGCCCCACAUGGGCCAAGAGCUAAGCUUCAGUGCAGACCACAGGAAGGCCAGGAAAUAGGGAGUAUCUCUGUGUCUUGUGGCUUGUUUGGCUUCUCACUGCCCUGUCCUAACAAUAGCCACGUUGCCUGAUGGAAUGGAAAUCCCUGAGCUAGUCCCUCCUAGCUGAUUGGUGAACACUCGCUUAGAAUAGACUGGGUCUCCCGUGAGGGAUGCCACAGGUUGAAACAGAUGACUCAGGGAGUGGGGUUGGUGGCCAACAUCUACCUUCCAAAGAGAUCCCAGCUGCUGCACCAUUUGCCCCUUUCUUGUCCUAAAGAGCUGGGAGUCUGUUCCACUCUUGAGCACUUGGUACCAGUUUCCAGAUAAAGAUGUGUAUCCUUCGGGUCAAAUGUGGUGGGAAAUGGGAAGCUCCAUUCAGUGCACCCCUCCUUGUUACCUGCACAUUUAGGACCAUCUGAGAAAUGUAGCGGAAAUCCAAGGAGGAGCUAGAAAGAAGCCUACGAUAGAUGUGUCCAACACCUCCCCAGCACAUUGCAGGGCCAGAAGAUCUGGAAUCCUGAAGAGGAAGCCUGAAGGACUGUGGUUUGUCUGGAAUGAGCAAGUCUACUUCUGCUUGUUUCUGGAGGCCAAGGUGGGGCCAGAUUCCUGGCUAAGCUGCCAGAUAGGCUGUUUCUGAGCCCUGCAGAUCAGGGCUGUGUGAUGGACCUGGAUUGAAGGGUUUGUUCUUCAGAUUCCUUAGUAGCACAAGACUCUGUCAGAAUCUGUUCUCUGGAUCCCUGUUGAUAGGAGAAAUCUUCAUGGAGGUGCACAACGUGGUCCAGAUGCCACCCUCUCCUCCUCCCCAGGCAUCUGUAUUCACCCGGCAGGUCCAAGGACUACAGGGUCAUUGUGCUGGGGACUGACUCUUCUUGCUGUUGCUGCUAAUU